AUGUCACAUGAAGAGCUUAAGAGAAGGAGGCGAGAGGAUUAUGGCUACGUUUUGGAAUAUAGAACACGUUGGUCUGAUAACGAUAUGUAUGACCAUAUGAAUAAUAGCAUUUAUAACUUCCUGUACGAUUCAAUCGUGAACUCAUAUCUUAUCGAACAUUGUGGUCUGCAUCCACCCACCUCAUCUCAAUACGGCCUAGUUGUGCACUCCCAUGGUGAUUUCUUUGGUUCAAUCGCAUUUCCAGCUGUCGCUGAUCUAGCUUUACGUGUCAACAAGCUUGGGAACAGCAGUGUUACUUACGAAAUCGGGUUAUUCGAGAGGGGAGUUGAAGAAGUCAAGUCAGUGGGUGAAAUUAUUCACGUGUUUGUUGAAAGAGAGACUGGCCGACCAGCAACGCGAGGUAUGAACGACACAAUCAAACAAGGACUCAAGAAGAUCCUCCAACCACAGCCAAAACUUUAA